AGUGUCGGAGAGAGAGAGAGGGAGAGAGAGAGUGAGUAGGGGGUGGAAUUUUUCCCUAAAGAUUGAUUCUUGAUGACUAUCUGAUCUAAAUUUUGAUGCAAUAAUAUAUGGUUGAAUUAGAAAAAACCACCGAUGGGUCCGCUUUUCAAGGAAAUUGAGAUUGAAUCACUGUAGAAAAAUUCUGUCUUGAUUGUUGAGGCUGGGUUUUGUGACUCGGGUUAAUUGGGAUUGUACAGGUAGUCUAGUGAGGUAUCCAAUUUGCUUAGUUUUCUUGCCCCUUUUGAAUUUCUCCUAUUUUUAGGGAAGUAGGGGAAGGUGAUGAUAUGGGAGAAAAUGCAGCAGCUUUGCAUACAGCUGUAAAUUCAGUACAGGCUCUUGGAAGGGGAUUUGAUGUGAACUAUGAUACUAGGUUGCUUUAUUGUAAAGGCGUGGCAGGUUCGAGGAUUGUGGAAAUUGACGAAGAACACACUAGGGAUUUGUACUUAUCAGACAACUUAGUGGUGCACAAUGUUUCGAGGGACAUCAAGAAUUCGCACGAGCAAGGUGGCCGUGCUGGAUUUGGUGUCUGCAGUUACAAUGAGAUGGUGGAAUAUUUCAACAAGAAGGCUAGUUUAUCGGGUCAUACUCCACUCGGUAGCUUCAAUGCUGCAUUCAGCUAUACGGGCUCAAGGCAUAUUGAUGCUGCCUCCACAAAGUCCCUUUGUAUGGAUGGAGUUUUCAUUCCGGUUGCUAAAUUCCAGAUUUCUAAUUCAGCCCUGGUUUUAAGUGAUACGGUCAGAAGGGCUGUACCGAGAACCUUCAUCGAGAAUUUUGGUACACAUGUAAUUAUAUCUGUAACAAUUGGGGGUAAAGACGUAAUCUACGUGAGACAGCACCUCUCGUCACCUCUCUCGAUCUUGGAAAUCAAGAAUUAUGCGCAAGAUAUUGGGAACCAAAGGUUCUCCAGUGCAGAAGGCCUUACAAAUUCAGGCCUACUCAAAUACAAGGAUAAGGCUGGUUUCUUUGGAAGUGAGAUAUACCCACAACCAGCUACUGCACCUUACCUAUCUGGAAGUGGCAAAGAGGAUGUUACAGUGAUAUUCAGAAGAAGGGGUGGGGACGAUCUCGAGCAGAGCCACACCCAAUGGGCAAGAACCGUCCUAUCCUCGCCAGAUGUCAUUGAGAUGUCAUUUUUUCCAAUAACCGAACUUCUUGAUGGGAUUAAAGGAAAAGAGCAUUUAACUCGUGCCAUUACUUUGUACCUCGAGUAUAAACCCCAGAUUGAAGAACUGAGGUAUUUCCUAGAAUUUCAGGUCCCUCGAAUAUGGGCCCCCGAACAGGACAGAUUUACGGGACAGACAAGAAAGGAACCGGUUUGCCCGUCGUUACAAUUCAGCAUGAUGGGACAAAAGCUGUAUGUCAGCCAAGAGCAAGUUUCGGUUGGGCGAAAGCCGGUGACAGGCAUGCGACUUAGUCUGGAAGGAUGUAAACAUAAUCGUGUAAGCAUCCAUCUCCAGCACUUGCAGUAUCUUCCCAAGAUCCUGCAGCCGUACUGGGACCCACACGUCUCGAUAGGCGCGCCCAAAUGGCAGGGGCCCGAAGAGCAGGACAGCAGAUGGUUCGAGCCCGUCAAGUGGAAAAAAUUCUCCCACGUCAGCACGGCACCAAUCGAGUAUCCGGAGAUAUUUGUUGGGGAUUUGACAGCGGGAGUGCACAUAGUGACGGGAGCUCAGCUUGGGGUUUGGGAUUUUGGGUCGAGAAAUGUUGUGUAUAUGAAACUUCUUUACUCGAGGCUGCCGGGGUGCACGAUACGUAGGUCAUUGUGGGACCAUGCUCCGCCGUGUGAGAAACGGGAUUCUGCUUCUUGCAAUAAUAAUAAUAAUAGUGUAAUUGAUGAAUGUGGUUCGAGUUCGGGGGAGGUUUAUGGGAGGAAUAAAGUGGCGAAAUUUGUGGACUGUUCGGAAAUGAGUAAAGGCCCCAAGGACCUGCCGGGGCAUUGGCUGGUCACCGGCGGGAAACUCGGGGUGGAGAAAGGGAGGAUUGUGCUCNUGAAGGGUGUAUUAAUAUUGUGUUGUUUGAUCAAUCAGUGGUUAUAG